UUUUUAGAUGUCUGAUGUGGUGGAAAAUGGGGCGAUACAGUCCUUUAUGAACCUCCAAACUCAGGAAGAUAACAACAAGCCCCAGUCAUCAAAGGGUUUUGUUGUACGUGAUGCUCCCUGGACCGCAGGAAGCGGUAAUGAGAAGGCUCCAGACAUGAGCAGUUCUGAGGACUUUCCCAGUUUUGGAGCUCCAGUGACCCACAAAACCUCUCCAUGGGGCCCCAAGCGACAUGGUGGAGGGAAAGGCCUGCUGCCAGCUGAUAUGUCUGCUUCCUGUUAAAUCUGUUGCGGUGUCCAAUUCACUCGCCUGGUCAUCUCCUGUCCUGAUGCCCUACCCCUUUUCCUCUGCCUUCCAGGAACCCAUGUAACAAACCAUUGCUGCAAUUUUCCUGCAGGAAUUUAGCUUGCACACUGCAUUGUUUCCAGUGUCUAACUGAAAAGGGUUAUAAGAACCCUAUAUUUACCAGAUGGGAAGUGUUAAUUGCAUCCGUAAAGCAGUGAUACAAAGUGUGUCUACACACAUCCCUCCAAAGCUAACCUUCCUGAAGCAGAUGUCAUAGCAGGCUUUAGUACUAACGUUUGUUAUGGUGCCUGCAUACUGCUGUGUAACUGUAUUUACAAAGAUUCCUUGUCUCCUUUUUGAGGAUGUAUGUUCAUUAUUUGUAGGAUGGAUUAUUGCAGUUGACAUUGCCCGACAUCUGUUUUUGUCUGCCUUAGUAGGUUCAAACAUUUGGAAGUGUGCAGUCAUACUUAGUAUUGCGCUUCAUAUAUUGUUGCAUGAAAUUGUUUUACGUUGAGGUCAAGAUUUAGAGGGCUUCUCAGAACCACUGGUCUCCAGGGUUUUUUUAAUAAAAUUUAAUCAUGUUGCAGAUCAGACUUUGGGAUGUGCCCUAUAACCCUUUCACUGCCAGGAAACCAUUUGGGGGGUGGAAUAUGCACAAAUGGGGGAGGGUGGAUCAGACUUCCUCUUCUACCCCUUCAUCAGAUUUUAUUAUGUAAACUAUAACUGAUAAUUGUGGACAAUUCUAGAUUUUCCACUAUUGGCAUUAAGACUGAAUUUAACCCGUUUGCUGCCAUUUUAAGGCCUGACACAUUUUCAUUGGAUAACAAAUGGGUAAAGAGCCCAACUCCUCAUUGUACUGUCACAGCCCUUUCUUUUGUCCCUUAACCUCUGAUGCCGGGGAAGGGGUCAUCUGUUUUUGUCCUUGUUGGGUGGGGGGGGGGGGUAUAAUUAGUUUUGGAUUUUUCCUCCAAACCCUUUCCUCAGCCCCCAUUGCCCUUUUGGACAUUUUUCUUCUUACUGUGCCUCAGUAUCAACUUCCUGUACAAACAGGAUAGGAAAUAAACACCCUUUAAAAGACAA